ACCAGAUCGAAUCUACAGUCUCUGCAAGUCAUUUACUGUAGAUGGAAAACCAGAUCCAUCAGGAUCUGUCUGUCCGUCCACUGAACUGUUCCACCCUCCUUUCACUUUCCAAAACUACAAAAAAGGAAGUUGCAACUUCCUUUAGAACUAGUCAUUCUCUCUCCAAGACCAGUAUCACUGGGUUUUGUCUGCCUUCCUGUUCAGUUCUCAAGGGUGAAAUAUGGCCCAUAAUUAUGACUCCAAAUGAUCAGUGGACAUCUCUGCCUGUGACUACAAACUGACUGUAGUCAGACUGUGAUACAUAGGACCUGGUUUCCUUAGAGUCAUAAUCAUCUAAACAAUGGCUCACCAAGAGCGCAUUCUCAGGGAUCAGCUGGAGAAUUUGGACAGAACUGGCAUCGCCGACAUGAUGAUACAUUACUAUGAUGAAGUCGGUGCUUUCAAGGUCACGCUUGAAAUCCUGAAGAACAUGAAUCUGAAUGACCUUGCUGAGAGACUGAACCUGUGGAUGUGGAAGCUAAUGCCGGACAGAAUAAAGUGUAACCUAAAGAAGCAAUUUCAGCGUGUAUUUGAAGGGGGAGCUAAGGAAGGACAGCCAACACUUCUCAGUGAGAUUUACACAGAACUCUACAUAACUGAAGGGGGAGCUGGAGGAGUCAAUUAUGAACAUGAAGUGAGGCAGAUUGAAACAGCAGCCAAGAAACGGAGAAAAGAAGAUACUACAGUGAAGUGCAAUGAUAUAUUUAAACCCUUAUGUGGGCGUGAGACAUCUAUCAGAACUGUACUCACUAAAGGGGUGGCAGGUAUCGGGAAAACAGUCUCUGUUCAGAAAUUUAUUCUAGACUGGGCAGAAGGAAAAGCAAACCAGGACAUUCACUUAAUAUUUGCUCUUCCUUUCCGGAACCUGAAUUUGGUUGAGGGUGAAUUCAGUCUGAUUGAACUGCUUCACCGCUUUGACCCAGAAGUAAAGUUAUUUCAAUUCACUGAGCUAAGUUACCGAGUCUUGUUCAUCUUUGAUGGUCUGGAUGAGUGUCGCCUUCCUCUAGAUUUUCAGAACAAUAAGAGAUGGUGUGAUGUAACAAAAAAAACGUCACUGGAUGUGCUGUUGACUAACCUCAUUAAGGGGAAUCUGCUUCCAUCAGCUCUCCUCUGGAUAACCUCCCGGCCAGCAGCAACCAAUCAGAUACCUCCUGAAUGCAUCGACCAAGUGACCGAGAUACGAGGGUUCAAUGAUGCCCAGAAGGAGGAGUAUUUCAGGAAGAGAUUUAGUGAUCAGAGCCUGACUGAAAGGAUUAUCAGACAUGUGAAAUCAUCAAGGAGCCUCUUCAUCAUGUGCCACAUACCUGUGUUCUGCUGGAUUUCAGCCUCUGUUCUAGAGAGUCUUUUUAGUGAAUCUGACAGUGGAGAAAUUCCAAGGACUCUGACUGAAAUGUACACACACUUCCUGAUCAUUCAGGGGAUUUUAAAAAAUGACAAGUAUAGGCUCCAGACCUCUAGGACAAACUGGUACAGAAAACUAAUGGAUAGAUGUAUGAAAAAAAAUGAAACCAAGUGUAUUAAAUGCUUCCUUCUAAAACUUGGUAAACUGGCUUUUCGUAACCUUGAGAAAGGCAAUCUUAUAUUUUACGAGAAAGAUCUGGAACAGAGUGACCUUGAUGUCAGAGAAACUUCAGUUUACUCUGGAUUGUGCACAGAAGUCUUUAAAAAGGAGUAUGGGUUGUACCAGGAGAAGGUGUACUGCUUUGUGCAUCUGAGCAUCCAGGAGUAUCUCGCUGCUUUAUAUGUGUUUCUAUCAAAGCCAUCAGCUGAGCUACUGAAGACUGCAGUGGAUCAGGCAUUAGUGAGCAAGAAUGGACACUUGGACCUCUACCUCCGCUUCCUCCUUGGCCUCUCAACAGAAACCAGUAAGAGUCUGUUAAAAAGGCUACUGGGCCAGACAAGAACCAGUUCACAUAAGAUUAAGGAAACAACCCAGUACAUCAAGGUGAAAAUACAUGAGAAUUUAUCUCCAGAGAGGACCAUCAACCUGUUUCACUGUCUGAACGAACUGGGUGACAAUUCUUUAGCAGAAGAGGUUCAAAGAUACCUGAAUUCAAGUCUUUCAGCAAAAGAUCUCUCACCUGCACAGUAUUCAGCCCUGGCCUUUGUGUUACUGAUGUCAGAUGAGGAGCUGGAUGUGUUUGAUCUGAAGAAAUUCUUCAGAUCAGAUAAUGAGCACUGGAGGCUGUUGCCUGUGGUCAAGACAUCCAGGACAGCUCUGCUGAACAGCUGUAAUCUCACAGAGAAAUGCUGUGACUCGCUGGCUUUAACUCUCAGAUCAAACUCCUCUCCCCUGAGAGAGCUGGACCUGAGUAACAAUGACCUGCAGGAUUCAGGGGUGAAGCUGCUCUCUGCUGGACUGGGGGAUUCACACUGUAAGCUGGAGAUACUAAGGCUGAACAGCUGUAAUCUCACAGAGAAAUGCUGUGACUCGCUGGCUUUAACUCUCAGAUCAAACUCCUCUCCCCUGAGAGAGCUGGACCUGAGUGACAAUGACCUGCAGGAUUCAGGAGUGAAGCUGCUCUCUGCUGGACUGGGAGAUUCACACUGUAAACUGGAGAUACUGAGGCUGAACAGCUGUAAUCUCACAGAGACAUGCUGUGACACGUUGGCUUUAACUCUCAGAUCAAACUCCUCUCCCCUGAGAGAGCUGGACCUGAGUGACAAUGACCUGCAGGAUUCAGGAGUGAAGCUGCUCUCUGCUGCACUGGGGGAUUCACACUGUAAACUGGAGAUACUGAGGCUGAACAUCUGUAAUCUCACAGAGAAAUGCUGUGACUCGCUGGCUUUAACUCUCAGAUCAAACUCCUCACCCCUGAGAGAGCUGGACCUGAGUAACAAUGACCUGGAGGAUUCAGGAGUGAAGCUGCUCUCUGCUGGACUGGGGGAUUCACACUGUAAGCUGGAGAUACUGAGGCUGUCAGGGUGUAGAGUAACAGAAGAAGGCUGUUCUUCCCUGGCUUCAGCUCUGAGGUCAAACCCCUCACACUUGAGAGAGCUGGACCUGAGCUACAAUCACCCAGGAGACUCAGGAGUGAAGCUGCUCUCUGCUCUACUGGAGGAUCCCAGCUGUAAACUGGAGAAGCUGAAUGUGGAUCACGGUGGAGAGUGCAGGACCAGACCAGGCUUACAGAAAUACUCCUGCCAGCUGACGCUGGACCCCAACACAGCAAACAGAUACCUGUCUCUGUCAGAGGGGAACAGGAAGGUGACAUGGGGGGCAGAGCAGCCAUAUCCUGAUCAUCCAGAGAGAUUUGACCGCUACCCCCAAGUUCUGUGCAGAGAGAGUCUGACUGGUCACUGUUACUGGGAGGCUGAGUGGAGUGGAGAUGAAGCCUGGAUAGGAGUCACUUAUAAAGGAAUCGGGAGGAAAGGAAGGAGUGAUGACUGUGGGCUUGGAUUCAAUGACAAGUCAUGGAGUCUGUGCUGUAAUACUGACAGUUACUCUGUCUCUCACAAUAAUAAACAGACUGUCAUACCCAUAGAGCCCUCAGGCUCCCGCAGAGUAGGAGUGUAUCUGGACUGGGGGGCUGGUACUCUGUCCUUCUACAGAGUCUCCUCUGAUGGACUGACCCCCCUGUACAGAUUCACCUCCUCAUUCACUGAACCCCUCUAUCCUGGGUUUGGGGUUUUUAUAAACUCCUCAGUGUCACUGUGACGUGUUGCUCGUUCUCCUGGCAAAAAGGUGUAAAAUCUCUGCUUUUCAACCAUUAUAAUCCUUUUUACUCUGAAAUGUAUGUUUAACUAAAAUAAUUGCCUGUGUUCAGUGAAUAUAUUUUUAUAGUUUUUUUUUCUCUAACUAAAUAUACUCCUGAUGAGUGGGGGGGGGACUUUCCCUCUCCCCUGUAUAUGUACAUUUUAUAUAUUUAUGCCUAUUUACUGUAUUUCAUCCCUGUUCAGUGACAAUAAAGGCUUUUUGUUCUGUC